AGAAAAUUGUUGCAAUGACCGGUGUUCAAGAUACUUCGUGUAAGCUGUGCCUCAAAACUGUAACCGUUAAAGGUUUUGAGGUAAUAGACAACGUUAUUAGAGAUAUUUUAGAUGGCCUUUUGCUGAAAUUGAAAUUUGAUAUCGAAGGCAAGGAGGUUAUAUGUAACGAUUGCAGAAGAAAGUUAGACGCAGCAGUAGAAUUUAAGUCAACUUGUCUGAAGACCAAUUACGCAAUUAUUCCAUAUGUGGAUUGUGAAAAAACGUUACAGCUCGAUAUAAGAGACGUGUAUACAAAGCAAAGGACAAGCGAGUCAAUGGAUAUUGCAGAUGGCCAGAAAAUAUGUCAAUUGUGUAUGCAUCCAGUAGAAAAUGAGUUUAAGUGUGUACGUGAAGUGGAACUUGAAGCUAUCGAGAAGUUGGCUCCUGAAUUGAUUAUAAACAUCAUCAAAGAUCCUGUUGUAUGUAAGGAAUGCCUUGAUUCUCUGUGCACUCACAACAGUUUCCUGAAAGAUUGCUUAGAGGUGGAAGAAAAAACUAAAAGUAUUUUUGAUAGUUCAGCCCCAGAGAGUCAGAUAGAUACGUCACCAUCUGAUUUAUUGGUUAAGACUGAAAGCCAGGACAAAGAAAUCGACAUCAACGAGAUGGAAAUGUCUAUCAAAGCUGAAAGUAUCGACAUAAAAUCGGAAAAUGAGGAAGGGAGCGACUCGCUACUGCAGAGCUCCGAUAGUAAAUCAUUCGAGAAGACCGUCCUUAGAGAUGCAGAAGAGGAUGGAUGUAAACAUGAGAAUACAUCGGCAAACGAAUGUAACACGAAAGUCAAAGUAUUUUACAAAUGUGAUAAACGUAUUUACGAUCCUUUGCAGGUUCAAACGUACAGAUGUAAUGAGUGUGAUUACAAAACUAUAUACAAGAGAUAUAUUAAACAGCAUCAACUGAAACAUAAAGAUCCUUCGCAGGUUCAAAUGUACAAGUGUAACGACUGCGAUUACAAAACUAAAUACAAGGGUGAUAUGAAAAAACACCAACUGAAGCAUAAAGAUUUUUCACAGGUUCAAAAGUACAGGUGCAAUGACUGUGAUUUCGAAACUAAAUACAAGCAUGUCAUGAAGAAACACCAACUGAAACACAAAAACCCUUCGCAGGUUCAAACGUGCAGGUUUAAGGACUGCGAUUACAAAACUAUAAACAAGAAAUGUCUCAAAAAGCAUCAGCUGAAGCAUAAAGAUCCUUCUCAGGUUCAAAUGUACAAGUGUAGCUACUGUAAUUAUGAAUGUAAAUACAACAAUUCUAUCAAACUGCAUGAACUGAAACAUAAAGAUCGUACACAGGUUCAAAUGUACAAGUGUAACGACUGCGAUUACGAAACUAAAUACAAGGGUAAUAUGAAAAAACACCAACUGAAACAUAAAGAUCCUCCACAGGUUCAAAAGUACAUGUGUCUGGACUGCGAUUUCGAAACUAAAUACAAGAAAUACAUCAUUCAACACCAACUGCAGCAUAGAGAUCCUUCUCAGGUCAAAAUGUACAGGUGUAACGACUGCCAUUACAAAACUAAUUCCAAGGAUAAUAUGGAACUUCACCAACUGAAACACAAAGAUCCUUCGCAGGUUCAAACGUACAGGUGUAAUGACUGUGAUUACAAAACUAUAUACAAGAAAUAUUUCGAACACCACCAACUGAAACAUAAAGAUCCAUCGCAGGUCCAGAUGUACAGGUGUAACGACUGCGAUUACGAAACUAAAUACAAAAAUGAAAUGAAAAAACACCCGCUGAAACACAGAGAUCCUUUGCAGGUUAAAACGUACACGUGUAAUGAGUGUGAUUACAAAACUAUAUACAAGAGAUAUAUUAAACAGCAUCAACUGAAACAUAAAGAUCCUUCGCAGGUUCCAAUGUACAAGUGUAACGACUGCGAUUACAAAACUAAAUACAAGGGUGAUAUGAAAAACCAUCAACUGAAACAUAAAGAUCUUUCACAGGUUCAAAAGUACAGGUGCAAUGACUGUGAUUUCGAAACUAAAUACAAGAAUGUCAUUAAGAACCACCAACUGAAACACAAAGACCCUUCGCAGGCUCAAACGUACAGGUGUAACGACUGCGAUUACAAAACUAUAAACAAGAAAUAUCUCAAUAAGCAUCAGCUGAAUCAUAAAGAUCCUUCUCAGGUGCAAAUGUACAAGUGUAGCUACUGUAAUUAUGAAUGUAAAUACAACCACUAUAUCAAACUGCAUGAACUGAAACAUAAAGAUCCCUCCCAGGUUCAAAUGUACAAGUGUAACGACUGCGAUUACGAAACUAAAUACAAAAAUAAUAUUAAAAACCACCAACUGAAACAUAAAGAUCUUUCAGAGGUUCAAAGGUACAGUUGUAAUGACUGCGAUUUCGAAACUAAAUACGGGAGUUACAUCGUAAAGCAUCAACUGCAGCAUAGAGAUCCUUCUCAGGUUCAAACGUACAGGUGUAAUGACUGCGAUUUCGAAACUAAAUAUAAGAGUUAUAUCAAACGGCAUCAACUGACACAUAGAGAAGGUGUACCGACUGCGAUUAGGAAUCCAAAUGCAGGAGUGGUAUAAAAUAUUACAUGUUGAAGCGUAGAGAGCCUUCACGGAUCUAUGAGCAUGCAAAGGUAUGUCGCAGAUUCAAAUGCAGUACUGCCCAUUGAAGUGCAAAAUCCAGUCAAAAAUUGGGGCAUUUAAGAGACUGACCAUAAAUAUGUAAAUGUGUAAAAUGUAAAGCCUAUCGGUAAAAACAUACAAUAUUUUGUAAUAUACACCGGCUUUUUACCAAUACUCCAGCCUGAUAUUCAUUAUUUGUCCUGUUCUAAAUUAAUUAUUUGUGUUGUCCUUAUGAGUGGGAGUUUUGUAUAUGUGGAUGCGGCAAGAUUAUGACGGCUUUGGUUUGAGAGGCUGUCGGCUAAACGAAUUUUGCAGUAACCACCUUUAUUUUCUAUGAUUAGAUAAAUGUUUAUUUGUUUCAUUAAUUUUUUUGAUUUCUAAUUUUUAUAUGUACACAUUUAAAAUUAACCCCGCCUCCUAUGUAAUUUAUAAUUUUCAUUUAAUUCUUCGUAAUUUGUGUAGGGGGGCCAGGGUGACAAGUGCAAAGAAACGUUAUUGUACUAACACUGUUCUCUAUUGUAUUUUGUCAGUAUUAUUU